AUGGUGGAAGAGGACCUCGGUCGGCUACAGGCCGUUUACAGAGAUGUAUUGGCAGAGGCAGAAUGGGAGGGCCACAGAACCAAGCCUUUGACCAUGCCUAGAGGAUUCCGCCAGGGCUGUCGACUAUCACCAGUGCUAUUCAUGGUGUACGUGGCCGGUGUCGUACAGCACCUGGAGGGGUCUGGCUGUGGGUACACCAUGGUUCACAGCGAAUGCGGCCGACAGGUGACGAGCCACAUUUCAACGCUGGUGUAUGCCGACGAUUUUGCUCUGCUUGCGGGGUCGGCACAAGAGCUGCAGGGGCUGUUGCACAUAUGUGCGAAGGAAAUGAGCCGGCUCCGACUGCGUUUCAGCUCUACAAAGUGCGUCGUGAUGGCGUGGGGAGUGUCUGACGUACCCCAGGACACUACGUGGAGACUACAGGCAACGACAUCCAUAGGAGCGCCGCGACUAAAUACCUGGGUGUUCGGCUGA